AUGUCGAGUCUUCCCAAUUUACGCAAUUCUUUACCUCGUAAAGGAAAACACUGGUCUUAUAACGUCCACGAAUGCAUUCUUCUGAGGGGACCUAAGACUGGAAAUUUCAAUCUUCAUAUUGUAGGAGGUGCAGAGAAUGGCGAAUUUAUCUGUAUUGGGGACGUUAAACAAGAUAGAUUACGGUACAGACGAGGGAAAAUUCAACCUGGAGAUGUAGUUUUGGAAAUCAAUGGAACUCCUGUGGCUGGUUAUACUCAAUUCGAUGUGCUACCUUUGAUCAAGAGUUCGAAGGAAGCUGCAACUCUUCGCAUUGUAAAGCCAGGUUAGAUUAAGUGUUUGCGUUAACAUUAAUCACGAUAUACCACUUGUAUAUCUUUCAAUGAGCUCACACAACCGAUACAGAGCUAAUCACGACAUUAUCAAUCUUAACUUAUGGAUUUUUGCACUAUAAGUUGUCGCGUGUGAUGUCGAUAAUUACAUAUAAUUCGAACAAGCUGUUUAAAAUCCUGCAAUCGAGUUUAAUUGGAAUGUUAGAUGAAAUACCUCCGUAAUGGCAUCAGAAACGCAUGCCUGCGGAAUCUCAUGAAUUUCCCUGUAUCUGAUCCGCACGAACCCAAAAAAAUGCAAUCCAAACUUUCAAUGAACCAUGCUGUUUUUUUAUUGAGACGGGACCUGUGAUCGGAUUUGCCUCUGUUUGGAAACUAAUACUUGUAGCUGUCAAUGUUUCGUAAGGGAAGCUUUAUUAUUGAUGAUGAUAUUACAGAUUGAUGUGUCACCAAUAUUAUGUGGGUCACUGAACGUAAUUUUCAAUUGAAGGAUUAAACAUGAAUGUUGCGUUCCUGUGGCUUGGGGAAUCGUGGCUUUUUCCUUGUGGUAUUCCCUUAAAAUUAGACUCUGACUUACGCUUUAAACUGAAAUUAAGACUUUUGAUGCUACGUUAUUUUUUCAUCAGUAAUUGAUUUAUCGUGAUAUUAUGAUAUUGCAACCUACACUUAUUUAAAGGUUUUUCUAAGGACAACAUUCCAAGCCUGCCCACAAAUUAAAAAAUAAUGAUGAGCUUAUUAAGUCCUUAGUAUACAAAUAGUUUCAUGUUUGAAAGUUCCAAAAGACUUUCUUAGUGUGUGAGUUGCAUACUAUUUUCAUGAAUCUAUCAGAACACUUCAUCCACUCAACAGUUGAUACAAUUUGAAGUUCUUAAUUUGCCAUAAAGAGGAAAAUUAAUUCUGUGUUAAUGGCAAAUUACAGCAUUUAUAUUGAGUAUUGUGUAUUCCUUGUUCAACCGUUUUUAGUUUGACAUAAAGUUUGAAAAGUUUAUUUCACAAAUAUCCUCUCUUCUUAAGAAUAAAAGGGGUAGGUUUCUAAGGAAACCUUAGUGUUGUAUCAGUGAGGGAUUAUAACAGGACGUUUUGUUUUAUCAACCAAGUUGGUGAUGUAAAUUAGCCAUCAUAAAGAGUUUCAAAGCUGACAUUUUUUAUCAUUUGCUCUGAUAAGGGCUAAUGCUUUAAACAUCAGCUUAAAAAGUCUUUGUGGUGGUGAAGUUACAUUAUCGACUCAGUUGAUAAACCAAAUUAUAUUCCUAUUUAGUAUAUUCCGAUAUAUUCAGUUGAGUCAAUGCUGCAAGCUAUCUGCGUAGUUUUGUAGAGGGUGAGAAUAAUUGGAAUCUUGAUAAUCCCAGACUGUUUAUGAUUGUGUCACUAAUUAUUUUAUAAUUGCAUUUACACUGAUUCUGCUCUUUGUCAAGUUCCAUGUGAGAUGCAAACUUAGAGAGUAUGUAUAGGAAGUUGGGAAGAACAAAGAAGGCCAGUUUUUUUAUCCUAACAUCAGAAUGCAAAUUCUCUGUACAAAUCUUCAAACAAUCUGUAUCAAUGGUUCUUACAAGAAGUUGUUUAACAAUAAAGAGCUUCUUGAGUUUGCGAUCAUUUCCUUUAUUCUCCUGGGAGAAAUUAGAUGCUUAUCACUCUAAGGGAUUAAUAGGUUAAUAAGCUGCAUGGGGUAGCACUGUUGGGAGAAUACAUCAAGUAAUAAAUUUGCAAGUAGGCUACUGGAACAAUUAUCUUCAACAUGACAAAAAAUGAAAAUAUCUUUUAAAAAAAAAAAACAUUCAGCCCCCAGGAAUGCCAUAAUCACAAGCCAAAGGGAAGUAAUUUUCAAAUUUUCUAUGCAGAGUUUUAUUAAACUUUCCAUUAUUCAUUUAUUUUGUUACAGGAGAACAAAUUUCAAGAGACUUGCAGAAAUAUCUUUCAACCAGAUUUGACAAAGUUUCAGUGGAUAGUGACUUGCAGCAAACCAUCAGAGAAAAUCUUUACAACAGGACAGUACCAUGUAAGUUUUACCUCAGUUCUCAAGUUUUCACGCAAUUGUCAAGUCUUUGAACUCUAAAGUUAUGGUGCUUCUUUUUUUGUUUGCAACUCUUGGAAUAUUUCUUUUGCAUUGUGUAGGGAAGGAUGUCCAUUGCUUGUAUAAAAAGUUUACUGUCAAAAUACCAACUGUGUAAAAUUUUCCGACUCCACCUAAAUCAGUCAAAAAGCAUUUUAUCAAAUGACUGUUGCUCUUCAUUUUUCUGUCUUUGAUCUUUAAGCUUAGAACUUGCAGGUCAUACGCCUCUUUCUAGUCUUGCUUGUGUCACCAUGUACAACUCUCAUGCAGGAAUUUUGUCUGAUGUUUAUUCAAUAAAGGCUCUUGUGGGGCUAUACUGGUCAUAUAAUAAUAUUUGUUAUGAAAUUUGACCAUAAAUUCUUCUUACUGGACAGGUACAACACGAUCCCCAAGAAAUGGUGAAAUACCAGGAGUUGAUUAUGUGUUUCUCUCCUUGGAGGAGUUUACAAGGUUAGAACGAAGUGGUAGUCUUCUUGAAAGUGGAAUUUAUGAAGGGAACCACUACGGCACUCCUAAACCACCAAGGGAACCUCUGCCAGCUGAUAACAUGAUCUUUGUGCCGGCUAAGGGGAAGGCAACAGAAGACAAGGGGAGACCAAGAACAGCAGACAAUCUCGGACCACUGCCACCAAACUGGGAAGUUGCAUACACUGAGGAUAACGUCAAGUAUUUUAUAGAGUAAGUAUUGCUUAAGUGUUCAGCUAUACCUGUAUGGUUUACAGAUCAGACUGAUUGUUAAGCUUUAACUCCCAUGAGUGACACUUUGACUUGGUGCGAAAAGGGUCUGGGACUGGAGACAGUGACAGGGGUCUGGGACUGGGACUGAAGGCAUCAAAACUAUCUGAAUGAUAAAAAUUAUCUGCAGAUACAGCUGAAUUAAGUUCAAAGCAGAAAUUUCUAUUUAAGCUGGUUACCAGCAGUCUUCCACUACCCAUUAAACCUCUUAUAGCUGUCUGUUUAGCUAAGGAGCAGGCUCACUUGUUUGGGUCUCACUAACAUAAGUUGCAGCAAUAGCAUUCUGACUGCUCAGGGUUGACAGACAAACUACAUACUUGUUAAUAAAAGAAUUAUUAUAAGCAGCUGUCUUUUUUAUCCUUAGAACACUGGAAAUUACAUUUCAAGCUUCUAGAUUUCAAUUUUUUUUUGGAAGGAGCCUCUCCCUCCCCCUUUCUUUCUUUCUUUCCCCCCCCCCCCUCCCCCCUUAGACAAAGGUUACUUGUGGUCCCUUCUCUGGGCACAGCUGCUUAUGCUAAAAAGUUAUUGAAAUCCCUGUUAUAGUGAAGAGAAAGACUAAAGAUCUUAUUAUUUACUAUUUCAGUCAUAGGACUGGCACCACUCAAUGGGUUGACCCAAGAAUGGCACAGGUGAAGAAAGCCACAGUUGAUGAUUGUGACGAGGAUGGUACGUUAUCAGUAUUUUUGGGAAUGUAGUUUGUUUCCUGUUUUUUGGGAGGUGGGUUUAUCAUGUUCCUGAGAGUACCACUGUUUUUCCAUUAAGCUUCCUUUGAAUAUUAGGAAGAAAACUUCUGAUCAAUGGAUAAUAGCUUUAAGAUGCAUGAUAUUUGUACUGUUGACUGCAAACAGCUUUGCAUGUAAAUGGUUUGUUUUUCCUUUCAGAACUGCCCUAUGGCUGGGAAAGAGUAGAUGAUCCCAAAUAUGGAACAUAUUACAUAGAGUAAGUGUGUGAUUCUUUCCGUAAAAUAUAAAAUAACCCAUUACUCCCAGGAAAGAGGUGGCUUAUUGGUGAACAUGCUGAAUUCCAGGCCAGAAGUAGUUGUGUCUUUGUGUUGUGAGAGAUCCUCUCUGCAACAAGGAGUAUAGAUUGGGAACAAAUGAGCUGAUGAAAUGCUAGGGGGUACCUUGGGUAGGGGGUACCUUGGGACUGCCCCCCCCCCAAUUCAGUGGGGAGUGGUAACACUUUAUGUGAAGGAAACUGGGCAAGGAUCUGGGUAGGGUUGCUGCUAGGCUUAAGGCAAACGUUACCUUUUCCUUCCCCUCCAGGAGUGAUCAAAAUGUCAUUUCUGCACACAAUAUCAAUUCAUUGUCAGGAAAGGAACAUUGACUAGACUAUUUCAUUUACACUACAUUCUCAAAGGUAAAAAUUGUUGGAAAGAAAUGUAAAAAAAAAAAUGGAAAAGAGAAUUGCUCUUUAGAUCUCAAGGGUGAACAGCUUAAAUGGUUUCUUUAUGUAAAGUAUGGUUUGUACACACCUUCAUUGAAGAUUAAUAAGAGGUUAGACUUUCUAGUGACACGUUUGUGACAAGACGAAAAAACGUCUUUCUCUUCCCCACAGAUUCUUUUGUAAUUUAGAAAUACUGUAUGUCAAAGGUGGCAAGCAAAGAUAUAAUAAUAUAGUAGUUAUUUUGUAUCCUUUACAGUCAUGUCAACAGAAAGACUCAGUUUGAGAACCCAGUGCAUGCACGCAGACGACAGAGUCAGUCGAGCAGUGUGUCAUACUCCACUGCACCUCCUCCACAUGAGGGACCCCCAUCCUUCCAGUCUGCGGCAGCUUUGGCCAAAGCGCAAGAAGCUGAGGCCCACUCAAGGUCUGUUCACCCUUCACACCUUAACAUCAGUAUGCAUAUUCUUCAUACUGUUCUCUAUACAUUUCCCAAGAUGUAGACAAAGAGAAUUUGUUUACCAGUCAAGAGCGUUUUUAGUUGGUGAUCAUUUCUUUUAUUCUUGUGACCUUAAUGUGAGAUUUUGCAGCAACACUGUAAAGAGAAUUAAGAUGCUAAUCACUUGUAGGGGUAAAAGGGGUCAACGAAUUAACAAGUUUCUUUGUUUUGUUUUUGGAAUGUUAACCUUUUAAUUCGUAGGAGUGAGUACUAAAACACCUUCAGGCACAGAGGUAUUGCAAAUGAAGACAAAUUAUAAGAAAUAAAUGGCAGAAAUUGCAGAGAAUUUAUAUUUGCAAAUCAGGAAAGAGACGUUUUCAGGGACUUUAUCAUGGAUGGUCCAUCUUCAAAAUUUGAAUCCGAAUUUUUCCAUCUCUGCCAUUCUUGGGUACUGGUCACUUUGUUGACAAUGGACUCUCCAACACCACUGGUGAAUUCGCCCACACAACUGGUUAACUUGCUAACAACUUCGGUGAACUUGCUGUGCCAACACCAAGUUUUGCUACACAAGUUGUGACCAAAGACCAAAGACAACUGUCACCGAGUUGACUUAUAGUGUCACAGAGUUGACUUGUCGGUGAAGUGACUGGGUACCGCCAUCAUUAAUGUUCCUUACCAUCUUUUCUCACUGAACUUUCUUAAUACUUUGAUUUCCCAUCAGAUGGCCGGAUGUUGAGUUUUCUCAGCCGCCUCCGCCAGCAUACACAGACGAUGGCACCAACCAGCAGUUGCGAUCCCACCCCUCUUCUGUGGACGGAAGACAGCUACAAGGCCAGGUCAUAGUAACAGAAUUGAUCAAAGGAAUGCGUGGGUUCGGCUUCACCAUCGUGGGUGGAGACCAAGUUGGGGAACUCCUACAGAUCAAGAGCAUCGUCCCAGACGGUGCCGCGGCAAAGGAUGGUCUGCUAAGAAUGGGUGAUGCUCUGAAAAGGGUCAAUGGUAUGUCUGUGUUGACUCGAAGUCAUCAAGAUGUUGUCAGCAUGUUUCAAGCCAUGCCCAUCGGGGAGAGUGUCGAGUUGGAGGUGGUGCGUGGGUAUCCUUUACCCUUUGAUCCGGAUGACCCCAAUGUGGAGACAAUUGGAUCCUACACGGUGGUACACGGGACCUCAAAUGGGUCAGAGUCACCUCUGCCGCGGUCCUCUGAGGAGAACAGUCCAACGUAUCCCCUGCAUCCACAAGGACAGGCGUUCAAUAAAUGGAGUAACUCACAAGGUAAGAAUGAACUUAUGAUGACACUUGAACUGAGUGAGGUGAAAUUUGAGUCCAGUUCGGUCUGUAAUCAUACGAGUGGUUAGCGAAAUCGGACAAUCGUGAAGCGAAGUCCGAUUUUUUAACAACGAGCAUCAUUGCAGAUGGAAUUGGGUGACACGAUGUCCUGUUACCAGGUAAUCGAAACUAUGACAAAAUUUGAGAAACAAAGAAGCCAUCGCUUAAACGUUUUCAUUAAAAAGAACACUCAACUCGGCGAAAUGCGCAACAGCGGCACGUGCACAUGACGCGUUCUGUCCACUUACACGGGAUUGACGUGUCAAUUGUCCUAUGACACUAUCCAGUUACAAGCAUGCCGCUUACAGUGUCCUAUAAGUGAUCAAAUCGGAUUGGUGAUAACCAAUCACCUUCGAGAAUUUUUUUAUCCGAUUCCCAACGUUCUUAGCGGCGAAUCGCUGGCAAUGAGCGUUUUUUUUUUACGAAUUUCUCAAAAUGGUGCACAAAAACGCAGCAAAAUGACCUUUAAUGAAACUGGAGAAGUAAAUCGUUGCGUCGGCGUAAAUAUUCGCUUUAAUUGUUCGUAUCAAUCACCGAAAAAAUCAAAUUCGAUUGGCGUAUAAAUCACCUAGUGUGUCACUAGGUGAAAAAAAUACAUUUUUUUAGAAAACGCACUUUUUUUUCCAGAACCGUUGGAAUCUCCAUUUGCCCCAGGAGGGUACCCUGGAUCGAGCUUCCCUCGGACAUCCACGAACAAUACCCUUCCACGAGGCACCCCUGAGCUUAUCACAGUCCCGGUGGUGAAGGGCCCCAUGGGAUUUGGGUUCACUAUCGCCGACAGCCCGUAUGGUCAGAAGGUGAAGCAGAUUUUGGAUGCGCCCAGAUGUGUUGGGCUUCAAGAAGGCGACAUUUUGGUGGAGAUUAACGGGCGAUUGAUCCGUAACUGUACUCACAAUCAAGCGGUGAAUAUUCUGAAGGAGUGCCCCAAGGGACAGGAGGCAUUUAUCGUGGUUCAAAGAGGAGGUAUGUUAUUAAAGAAGCUGUUACUAAGUUCUUGUAUGUUCAAAGGCUGGAUAUGAUUAUUCCAAUCCACCCAAUGGAACAAUUUUCAGUGCAGGGAAUCUGUGAUUGGAAGUUUUGCUUUACGGCCUCUUGUGAAAUAUUCCCAAGCCCUGACAGUUAACCACUAAUCACCAAAAUGGAGGGAGGGGGCUGGUGAAGUGUACAGCGCGAAGCGGCGAGGUAAAUAUCCAUCGCUAGUCACCGACACUGAGAUGAAUUGUUGUUUUAGUAUAUACUAAUAAAAGUAAUAAGAUAAGACAACGCAAAAAGACGAUUGUAACUCAUCUAUUCCUGCCACGAUUACUAAUAAAAGUUUCGGAUGCAAAUCCUGCGCGCAAAUGCUGGGAGGUGAGUAUGAAAGGAUUUUGGGAGUUUGAGUAGCCAAUCAGAGCGCGCCUUCAACGCAAUCCUCUGUUAUAAUAUGUACGAGAUGUUGUUCUUAAGUUUUUUUUUCACGUAUAUUUUACUCGAGUUAUCUUAAAGUAUCGGUGUCUUGAAGCACUUUUGCUGGUCCUACAAGGUUAGAGAUUUUGGAACUUACGGACUGGAUUAAAUAUAUUUUAUUUUUCUCUUUGAUUCACAGGGAUUCCAACACCACUUCGAAACAGCCCUUCAUUUGGAAGAAGAGAAAAGGUAAUUGAUAUUUUAUGCAUGAGAUUGCCACUGCAAAUCUCCUAACGUCAGUGUUUGAUACACUGAUGUGGAGAAAACGAUUAGGAAGGAGGAAAGUGUGCGGAUGGAGCAGCAGAUUCUCUAUACUAGCCAGUAAGGAAGUGUUUGGUUAUCAAUUGAAGAAUUAACUUUACGAUUUUACGAUCUUAGGAGUGAAAAGGUAUUAGUGGGGUUUCUACAGAGCGAGCUUUGGCCGCACGUAUCUGAGGAAUUAUCCUCUUUCUUUUUAAGGAGCAGGAAGUUAUCGCACCAAGAGUUGCUCGUCCAAAAUCCACUCCUGUUAUGGGCUCAAAUCAUGUCGGUCAGUCUCUAGUGGAACAUGGAAGUACUGGAAACCUAGCAACUGCCGGAGAGAGCACUAGGAAUCAGGAGACUGGCUACGAGAAAAGAAUGCUUGGACAGCCAUCUUUGGACAAACGUUCUGAGGCUCUGUUUAAUUCAUAUCCAUCACUCAAGAAGGCUGUCGCUAAUGCUGCGAGAAGGUAAACUCGUGAAUCGUGUAUCGCUGUGUUUAAAGCAAUGGAAUAUCUAACGUGAUCCAGCUUUUAUUGGUUUUGCUUCACUUCGCUAUUUGAUUGGUCAAGAAAACUCGCGCCAUAAUUUCAACCAAUCAGAUGCAAAAUCUAAAACCAAUCGCGACGUGGUCACUCGCGUUUUCCCGCGCUUCAAGCAGGUUGCAGGUUUUGACUUUGAGUUCUCAUUGGUUAAUGAUGAUGUCAAACGUUAUUCUGAUUGGUAGCUGUGACUGUUUAGGUUUUGGAUUUUCGACACUCAAUUUAAAACUUCCGGUAUGGAGAAAUAUUUGAGAUUGUAAUGGAAGAAUCAAAAUAAUGAUUUUAGAUUGAAACUUAUCGUGACUUAAUGAUUGAUGUGAAAUUACAUUUCUCGAAACAGAGAUAUUCAAUCUUGCAAGGUUUUGAACCAAGAAGUGCCUUUAAUCUUGUCUCAACUAAUUUUCAGGUCAAUGGAAAACUUGACUGCUCCAGAAACACUGCCUCCCCCGGAAAGCCCUGACUCAUUCAGUUUCACAGUGCACCUUCAAAGGGGGGAGAUGGGGUUUGGUUUUCGUAUCAUUGGGGGUCAGGAGGAAGGCACACAGGUAAUGAAAAGAAACAACGGUUUUGAGAACGUGUUUGGCACUCUUUCUCGAUUUCUUUGUUCAUAAGUAAAUUUUAACAUUUUCGUGGUAAAUGGGAUUGUCUUCGUCAUUAUUAGGUGGCAAUAGGUACGAUCGUCCGGGGGGGACCUGCCGACUUGGACGGUCACCUUCAGCGAGGAGACGAGAUUCACAAUGUUGACGGUAUAAACGUGAUUGGUGCCACGCAUCGCCGUGUGAUCACACUUAUGGGUAACGCUGCGCUGGCUAAGGAGGUCAAGCUUGGUAUCUAUAGAAACCCGAACAAAUCAGGACGUAAGUAAAAACAUGAUUUAUUUUGGGUGCGAUAGAGGGUGAUUUCGUGUGGACGAAAGUCAUCGAAUGACUUUCUUCCUCGAAGAAAAAUAGAAAAGUUAAGACAUGCUACCUUGCGUUCUUCUGAACCUCCCUUGAAAAAUGUUUUCUAAAAUAAAAACGGAUGCGAAAAUUAAACCAAAAAAAAAUAAUAACAAGACAGAGCAUUAAGUCUUGACGAUCUCUUUAGUGAAAGGGAACAUGGCCUCUUUUUUUUUUCUCUUGGAAUGCUUCCUCGUGAUGAUCAAGCAAUGGCUGGCAUAGUCGCUCUAAAAUUCUGCAACCUCAAAAUUGCAUUUUGCACCAGCCUGUUAGGUCCUUCGCUAAGGUUCCCCCUGAUGGUCAAGAAACCACGAGCUUAUUAUAGAAGAUCCCUCUACAGAUAGGAAGUAAUAGUAACCUUCAGUAUGUAGCUGAUCCGUGCGUAGUCUUUCUCGUCAUAGCUUUUGUUCUCGUUAAAGUUUCUAUCAUAAAUUCUAUCCAUUUUGUUAUUUAUGGCGGAGCGCAUGCAAUCUAGUUAUGGAUGACUAGUUAAAGCUUAAAUUUCUUAAAAGCUGGUUUUCAUUCUAUCCGUGAAAAUCUACACGCCGUAUUACCCUCCUCCGACCCAACGUCGUUAUUUUUUUUCAUGUGAUCAUUUUUACCCAAGGGGCUACUCCCACGGGUGCCAUGCGGCGUUCCCGUUCAGCAUCAACGGAACUCUCAGAAGCUGCUCUUGGGGGAAUCAAGGCAAGAGAGGGGUCAAAGUCAACCGGGAAUCUCAACCACUACGGGAGGAACCACUACCACCACCCGGACGAGACUUCUUCCCUUCGGAGCUAUCACUCAACCCCUGGGGAAAGUUUGACUUCUGGUGGGUUACCACCUCAAAGGAACAGACGCGUAAGUGAGAGUGACGCAAGAGCUGAGCCCCAGGGUCCCACGUCUUACCGCGAUGUCAUGCUGGAACGAGAGGAUAACGAGAGCUUUGGGUUCGUGAUAUUUUCUUCUGUUCACAAAAGCGGAUCAACAAUAGGUGAGUGAUAAAUUUUAGUUGUUCAUAAGUGAAAUAGGGUACUUUAGUUUCAUCAACUGAGCUGAUAACGUGAAUUAGUUGAUAUCUUGACAAACAUCCUGCGCACUUCCAGGAUCAGCGGUUUCAAAAGCGUGGAAUAGGGAGAUAGAGUAAGGAAGAUAGAGUAAAAUAGGUUGUAUUUGUUAUCGUGGAAAAUAACCCUUUUAAAAUGUGAUCGUUUGUCUUACGAUGUGGUCACUACUUAUGAGGAUCACGUCGAAUAAGGAAUAUGUUAAAUUUUAGGCUGAUUCGUCAAAUGAUGAAGAUUUAAAACAGUUAUGACUAGUCACGAGUCCCCUUUUUUCCCUCGUGAUUUCAUUCCCAGACCCCUUGUUACAUGCUCCCUCUCUGUUCUCAGGUCGUAUCAUUCAAGGCAGUCCUGCCGAUCGUUGUCGUCAGCUUCACGUGGGUGAUCGUCUGGUAGCAGUCAAUGACGUCAGUAUCGUCGGUCAGCAUCACGGUGAUAUUGUAGAAACUAUUAAACAAUCUGGAAGAACUGUCACACUUAGGAUAGCCCAGCAACGGCCUUUGGGUACGUUAUAGUAUAUGCACUUAAUCCUUUUCAUCCUAACAUCAACAUGCAUAUUCUCCUUACUGUUCUCUAUAAAUUUCCUAAGGUGCUGACAAGGAGAAUUCGUUUAACAAUCGAGGUUUCUGUCAUUGGUAAUCAUAUCCUUUAUUCUCAUGACCUUAAUGUGUGAUUCAGGGGUGAUAUUGUAAGGAGAAGUUAGAUGCCAGUCACUCUCAGAGAUAGCCGCGACGGCAACGGGAACGUGACGAAACAGACGUUUUAAUGAGCAGAACAACAAUUUUACACGUGCAUUUGAAAAACGUUUUAGUUACAAAGGCGUCCUAUGCAAGAGAACUUCUUUAAAUCGCUAAAUGUUUCGUCGGAGCAGGAGCUAAGAAACCCCGACAGCAAUUCAUUCUCGUUGCUAUUUAAAAUUCCGUGCUGCAGCCACAUUUUCCGCUGAAGAACAGAUCUGAUCUGGUUGGAGGAGACAAAAUUAUCGAGCUGCUUAUACAAUUUGUGAUGGAUGUUUUCUGAGGCGUUGCUGUCGUCACAUUUGACAUUUCUCUUACAUAUCUGUCAAAAAAUAUUUAGUAAUUGUACUUUUGAUUUCACGCAGAUAACACGGACUCUAGAAGAUUGUCGCGAAUGGUAAGUAGUUCAUUUGAGAUAGUUUGAGGAUACUUCAUAAAUCUCAUUACACACUUUUCAAAAUUGAGGAAAUUUUUUGGUUUUAAUAACGGAAAAGUCACGAAAAGAUAUGAAGGAAUGUGUGAUUGCAGCAUAACCCCUGUGUGUCUGACAACAGACAGCGUUUACUGAUGAGUCAUUUAAUGCCUUCUUACACAGAGUACCCCGAAUAUCACCAAAGCAAGCGAUGCUUAUGACGGCAACAAUGACUAUAGAAGGGACGCUGACCAGUGGAACAGAGAUCACGCGUACUCAGACCAGGUAGGAAGUAAAGAUACGGACCUCUUUUGGUGGUCUUGUUUUGAUCGCUGGCCUAAUCUUAGCUAAGACAUCCAGUUACGAUCUACUUUAGUAAAAAUGUCACCUGAAAGUUGAAUUAUCAAUUUUUUUUUGUCGUCAGGUUGUUCCCGAUAAUCGCUUCCAAAGCCUUCCCAGGACACAGAACCACAAUUCACAACCGCCACCAAAAGUCCCUCCCCGGGUGGCUCCAAAACCUUCACGAGAGAAAGUGCUUCGGGUGAAAGAAGAGCAACGGCGUCAAGAAAACAGUGUCUAUAAUGUGCGAAACGAUCCGAGGAGGAGAUCGAAUCCAGAGAUUCAGUACAAACAACCACAGUUUUCGCAGGGUUACACCGGAGGGAUAAACGAUGAGCGGGGCUAUGACCUACAGACCAUGGAGGUGGAUCUGAUGCGGGAUUCCCAGGGGUAUGGGUUUAGUAUCCGAGGAGGAAGAGAGCUGGAUUUACCGAUAUUCGUGCUGCGCACGGCUGAGGGUGGAGCUGCUCAAAGAGAUGGCAGGCUCAGGGUAAGUGAAAGCGCAAGAGCAGCAUUUUUUAAAAAUCAUAUUUUAGUGAAUUUUCAUAGCGGCUCAGCUCGUGAUUGGAAACGUCAUAUUUGCUGUCACAUGGAUUGCAAAUAAGUUGAAAUGUGUAGGCUUAGUGAGUUGACCCUUUAACCCCUAAGAGUGACUAGCAUCUAAUUUCUCCUUUCAAUCUCACACCUGAAUCAAACAUUAAGGUCGUGAGAAUAAAGGAAAUGAUCACCAAUGUUUGCGGAACGGACCGAACGGACCCAACGGACCCUUUUAAGAAUGCUGACGUCAUCAGACUUUGUGUUGGGCGGGGUGCCGUGUUGAAGGGGGAAGUAGAAUAAGGCCAACAUUAUACACUUGCCUCAGGAAGUAGUAAAGCGUUUUUGCCGUCGAUGAACAACCUCUUUUCCAGCGAGAUCAGAAAUUUUUUGUGUCAUUUCAUAGGGGACACAAGCUCCUUUCACGAUGUUGCAUCUGGAUUCCUUUGUAGUCCCUUUGUGAUUUGAAUGUGUGAAGAAGCUCGUGAUUGUUAAACAAAUUCUCCUUGUCAUCAUCUUAGGAAAUGUAUAGUGAACAGUUUGGAGAAUAUGUAUACUGAUGUUAGGGUCACCCAUUCUUUUAGGUUGGAGACGAGAUACUGGAGAUCAAUGGAAGAAGUACAGAGAAUAUUCCACACGCUGAUGCUAUAAGUUUGAUCAAAAGCGGCGGCAACAGAGUUCACUUGUUGAUCACCAGAAAUAACAAACCGGUUUAUAUGGGUAAGUAACAAAUAAUUUCAACGUGGUAAGCCAAGAAAGCUAACACGCUCCCCUUCACCCUCUCCUCAGUAGGUGCAACAAACUUAUCCGCUAGAAUAAGUCACAAACCAGUUUCACUUAACGAUAUCGCUUCGUGUAGAUAAUGCAAAUGUAACCGGUUUAACUUGGCAAGCUAUAGGAUAGUGUUUCCUUAGUAAGUGUAUAGACCAGUUUGCUGAGGUAAGUCACAAACUAGUUUUGCGGGGUGGUUAAACAACCAACCGGUUUUUACUCGGUAGGCAUCAUUGGAGCGCUUUUCGAUUGAGUUUCGUAAAAGUGAAACCAAGUCAAUCACAACGUCCAAUUAGAAAAAAUAACUAAACUGUCUAACGCGCGGGAAAACGCGGGCGACCAAGUCUUUAGUUUUGCACCUGAUUGUUUGAGAAAGUGGCGCGAGUUUUUCUGGACCCAUCACAGAACGAAGUGAAGAAAAAGCAAAGCAAUCCCGAAUUACUAUCGACUAUACUAUUAAUUUACUAUUACUAUUAAAAAUUGCUCUAUUAAGCUUUUUUCGCAUUUGGGAUAUACAGGAUGCGUGAGUUUUGAAUAUCACUGCAUGUCUGGUUUUGUAACGUGUUUAUUUAACAAUUGGUUCAUUGGUUCUUGAGUGCUCUCUAAACUUCCCAAGUGCUUCAUAUCUCGAUGAACGCACACAUUACGUAUGAACCAAUUGUUUUAUAACAUUUUCAACACGAUGGAAAAAUUUUUUCUCGAGGGAUUUGUUUGCUGACGUCAUGAGCGUGCACAAUAGGAAUAUGAAGCACGCUCGCGCAAUUGAAUUUGAUUAGACAAAUUUACUAGCUAUGUUAUAAAGCAUGUUUUAUAACUACUUGACGCACGCAACAUCUAAUCAUCCUCACUUUGUUUUUUUUCUGUAGAUGGUAUCCCAAACGGCGGACACACUAUUCCUAAGAGUGGUAGCCUUCCUCGGUCUUCUUGGAAGAGUCAAACAUACCAUGGCAUGUACCAGUCAUAAAAAGUCGGAGGAAGUUUAUUCCUAUGGUAACUUUUUUACUAAAAACCUGCACGAAGUUGUCAUAAAAUCGAAACUAUUUUCAGAAACCAUAAAAUUUCUAAAUUUUUGUCAAUUGAAUCUUUUCAGAUGUUUUAAAAUAUUAGGGAAUUUAUAAACUGAGAGGGAGUUUGAGCCUGUUUGUUAAUGACCUCACUUUCCACAUUUACCCUGAGUAUUUAUUCCAAAGUUUUGUGUACAUACAUGUAACAUUUUGUCAUCGAGUUUCGCACGCUAACUGGUCAAAAAUGAAUUUCACUUCAAGUUUCAUGUCUCAGUUUUCGACUUGUCUACCUUUUCACUCCCGUUAAUGACCAGGAAGUAAUUUCUCCUUAAAAUAUCCAUACGCUAUCAAGUCGGAAGGUAAUGAGAGUGAAGAAAAACAUCAACUAGAAGAUAUUCGACUAAAUUGCAAAUUCUCAAAACUAACAUUUUAAUAAUUGUAUAGCUGACAGUGAGGAGAAUUAUUGUUCAGAUCUAGGGAGUGCAACGGAAAGACGAAUUUAUUUUGCGGCGUCUGGUGUAUUUGUAGCUAGCCCGAGAAUCUUCCUAAUGCAUAUGAAAGUUGCGCGUGAUAAUCUUUAGUUGUGCAAACUCCGUGUCCACGAUCACAUUAUCUCAAUAGUUGUAUAAAAUUAAGUGUGGUAUAGGUAUGAUUUUACAGUUCACUUAGCCUUUACAUGUGGCCAUCAUUGAUUGAAACCAGCUCACAGCUCUUUUCUUAUAUCAUCACCAAUCUUCCUCCUCCAGUAAAAUCUGCUUCUCCCCUCCACACAUCCCCUGGAAUAGACAUUUUCCUGUCCAAUUUUUUAACCAGAGUUCAAUGUCCCCAACGCAUUUCAGUACUAUUUCAUAAAUUUAAUAAUAAUAUUAUUUAGUGAAUUCUUUAAGCAGACAGAUGGAGUGUAAUUUAUAAACUUUGAAGUCCAUACUCAAAAAUGGAGAGAGCAUAGCUUAUGAGUUUUUCUUUUUAAUUUUGUAAAUUAGCUGUGCAUGACACGAAGAACCAGUCGAGCCUGCGACAUCGAGGUUCGUCGCUGACUUUGGUACAUGCGUAGUCCAAAAUUUACUCGUAAGACUUCUUAGUUCUGUGCCCUGCAACUGCCAUUGCAAUUUCUAGAAUAUAAGUUAGGCCUCUUUUAGAAGCGUAGUAAAAUGUUUUCUCGAAUUUCCCGUUUUAAGCAAUUUUUUUCUAACGUCAUAAACGAUAUAAGUUGAUGUUAUAGUUGUUACGUGUGAGGAAUUACAUUGAAAACAGCUUUAAGAUUUUAUUCAAGCUUGUAUUAAGGUCAGGCCUGAGCUCAAUUCAGAAGCUACAUUGCAGUAGCCACGCUAAUUUUUUUGACAUGUAUAAAUAGUAACGUAGCGAUUUUUAAAAUAGUUUAACUACUGAGAGCACCUAGAGUGAACUAGGUGUAAAUUAUGACGUAAUUGACAGUUUGGCCAAUAAGAAUUGGGCGUAAAUUGUGACGUAAUUAACAGAUUGGCCAAUCAGAACGCCCUUUUUAUGUUCUAUUUAAUUGUGAUUGUAUUAAUCGUGCUUGGGUUUGAUUUGCUGUAUAGUUUUAGUCCUUUACACGUUAACAACAUUCUUUUAUUCUCUUGACCUAAAUGUUUAAUUCAGGGGUGAUACUGUGUCGAGAAAUUAGAUACUAGUUACUCUUAGGAUUUAAAGGAUGAAAGACAGUCUGUGAGGUGUUUCGGGGUAAAUUUUAUUAGUUAUAUUCAACAAUUCAUCAUAGGUACUAUGAUUCGAGGGAAUUUAAUAAACACUCUUUGUUAUUCAAAAGGUCUGUGGAGAAGGUUGGUAAAUAGCCCGGAGUGGUUUACAGCCUGUUCAUUAGUAUCGCUUGCGUAUUGUGAGUGUGCGAAUAAAUUCCUUACAACAGGAGUGUAUUUUUAAGCAAUUGAAUAGAAUAUAAAUUGAUUGAUGUAUUUUAGACGAUAUUUUUAGUGGACCGAUCGUAAGAUUCUCUCAUCAGUUGUGAUGCUGUGCUCACGCGGUAACAUAAAAUGCUGAAUUUUAUGCUGUUAAUGAGAUGUUUUAUACUUUUAUCAAAGUUUGAUGGUUGUGCUAUAAUUCAAGUGAUUACACGUCUUGUGUAAAUUGUAAAGUUUAAUAUCCUCGUCAGCGAAGGCUCUGCAUCUCCUGAUAAACAUUUGUACAUGUUGUAAUUGAUGAAAAUAAAAUAAAGUGAUUGUCAACUCUC